AUGUUCAAUUCAUCGCCUCUAGACUUGCCUACACACACAACACCGUAUGGAAAGAGUGCCACAUUCGCCUACAGCAGUUCCACACACUCGUCUCCUUUGAGAACAGCAAAACAAUCACUAGACAUCAUCUUGAGCAACAAUGACUCGAAGCAAAUAUUCUACUUUCUACUGCUCAACUUGUCAUACAUGUUUGUUCAGUUGACCUAUGGCGUAUGGACAAACUCCCUUGGCCUUAUAUCUGAUGCGAUACACAUGCUUUUCGAUUGUCUGGCACUUGGUGUUGGACUCUUUGCCGCUGUGAUGAGCAAAUGGCCAUCCAACUCUGAGUUUUCAUACGGGUACAGUCGCAUUGAAACAGUGGCAGCAUUCUUUAAUGGUGUAUUUCUCGUCCUCAUCUCGCUGUCUAUCGUCACAGAAGCCAUUCAAAGACUCAUUGAUCCACCACAUAUGAGCACACAUCGGUUGCUUUUCAUCAGUUUUAUUGGCCUUGUUGUAAAUUUGGUAGGGAUAUUCGCUUUCAAUCAUGGCCAUGCUCAUGGCAGUGGCGGGCAUGAUCAUCAUCAUGGACACGAUCAUGGACACAAUGCCAACAUGCAAGGCGUAUUUCUACAUAUCAUGGCAGACACCCUGGGCUCUGUGGGUGUGAUUGUUUCGACAUUAUUGAUCCAGUGGUUUGGGUGGACAGGAUUUGACCCAAUUGCAUCGAUAUUCAUUGCAGUCUUAAUCAUUGCGUCUGUGAUACCUUUGAUCAAGCAAUCCGCGGCAGUGAUGAUGCUGGAACUGGACGAUGCUACUGUAGCGGUUGUGGAAGGCACAUUGGAGGAGUUGAAGCAAAUAGAAGGUGUUUACAGCAUCAAUUAUUCUCGAUUCUGGCCAUGCGAGGCAGAGAGCGUCAUUGGCAGUGUUCAUGUUCAAGUAGAGGAUGGUGUCAAUAUUCAGGAUCUACGACAGCGUACAACAGAGCUACUGAAGAGCCAUAUCCAUGGACUGAGAGAAGUAUGUGUGCAGAUCGAGUUACAAAGCGCAGUGAAAAAGAAUAGAUUCGCUGUACCUCAAAGAGGGUUCUUUCAUACACCAGCAUACACUGGCCCUUCCAUGAACAAUGCCUAUGUCAAUCAUAGAACCACUACAACAACACCUAAUGCUGCCAUCCCAACGCUCAUGACAACACCUCCUCCUACUGCUGCUGCUUCUUCUAUCAAUACACCAACCGUUGCCAUCAAUAACCUUGCUGCUACUACAAACAAUAUUGCUGCCAAUCUGCCAUCACCAAUCAUGGCAGUGCUACAAAAGCAAACUAAAAAGGAAUAA